UCGGAGAAUGGAGUAGGGGAAGGGGUAAUCGUGCCCUCAUUGCUUUGGUUCUCGUUGCCCCUUCUCUCCAUCAGUGGAAGAAAAGGAAAAGCUCUGGGCCAUGAGGCGAUCCCUGCUCCUAGUUUUCCUCUUUAUUCCAGUGGCUGUGCAGCUGUUGGACACUAGGCAAUUUUUAAUAUAUAAUGAAGACCACAAGCGCUGUGUGGAAGCAUUAAGUCCGAGUGCAGUCCAAACGGCAGCUUGCAACCAGGGCAAUGAAGCACAGAAAUUCCGAUGGGUGUCUGAAUCCCAGAUUAUGAGCGUUGCAUUUAAAUUAUGCUUGGGGGUGCCGUCCAAAACUGAUUGGGUUGCUAUUACUCUGUAUGCCUGUGACUCGAAGAGCGAAUUUCAGAAAUGGGAAUGCAAGAAUGACACCCUAUUAGGAAUCAGAGGAGAAGAUUUAUUUUUUAACUAUGGCAACAGACAAGAAAAGAAUAUUAUGCUUUACAAGGGAUCAGGUUUAUGGAGCAGAUGGAAAGUCUAUGGAACCACAGAUGAUUUAUGCUCUAGAGGUUAUGAAGCCAUGUACACCCUCCUGGGCAAUGCAAAUGGAGCAACGUGUGUAUUUCCAUUCAAGUUUGAGGACAAGUGGUAUGCAGACUGCACAAGUGCUGGGCGAUCAGAUGGAUGGCUCUGGUGUGGAACCACUAGAAAUUAUGAUGCGGAUAAGCUAUUUGGAUAUUGUCCAUUGAAAUUUGAGGGCAGUGAAAGCUUAUGGAAUAAAGAUCCAUUGACUGGCAUUUCCUACCAGAUAAACUCCAAAUCUGCUUUAACUUGGCACCAGGCGAGAAGGAGCUGCCAGCAACAGAAUGCUGAACUCUUGAGCAUCACAGAGCUACAUGAGCAAACCUACCUGACAGGACUAACCAGUUUCUUGACUUCUGGACUCUGGAUUGGACUUAACAGUCUGAGUUUCAGCAGUGGGUGGCAGUGGAGUGGUGGCAGUCCAUUCCGAUAUUUGAACUGGUUACCAGGAAGUCCAUCAGCAGAACCUGGAAAAAGCUGUGUGUCACUCAAUCCAGGGAAAAACGCAAAAUGGGAAAAUCUGGAAUGUGUUCAGAAACUAGGCUAUGUUUGUAAAAGAGGCAACGCAACUUUGAAUUCUUUUAUUAUUCCCUCAGAAAGUGGUGUGCCUACUAACUGUCCAAGUCAGUGGUGGCCAUAUGCAGGUCACUGUUACAAGAUUCACAGAGAAAAGAAGAAAAUCCAAAGGGAAGCCUUGAUUGCUUGUAGGAAGGAAGGUGGUGACCUAGCAAGUAUCCAUAGCAUUGAGGAAUUUGACUUUAUCAUCUCCCAGCUAGGAUACGAGCCAAAUGAUGAGUUAUGGAUUGGCUUAAAUGACAUUAAGAUUCAAAUGUAUUUUGAAUGGAGUGACGGGACUCCUGUAACAUAUACCAAAUGGCUCCGUGGAGAACCAAGCCAUGAAAACAACAGGCAGGAGGACUGCGCUGUGAUGAAGGGCAAGGACUGGAAGAGACAUGGCUUCUACUGCUAUUUGAUUGGAAACAAACUUUCAACAUUUACAGAAGCAAAUCAAACCUGUGGAAAUGAAAAGGCUUAUCUAACAACUAUUGAAGACCGAUAUGAACAAGCCUUUCUGACUAGUUUGGUUGGAUUGAGGCCUGAAAGGUAUUUCUGGACAGGACUUUCAGAUGUACAAAACAAGGGAACCUUUCAAUGGACUGUCGAGGAAGAGGUUCGAUUCACCCACUGGAAUUCAGACAUGCCAGGGCGAAAAGCAGGGUGUGUUGCCAUGAGAACUGGGAUUGCAGGGGGCUUGUGGGAUGUUCUGAGAUGUGAAGAGAGAGCAAAAUUUGUGUGUAAGCACUGGGCAGAAGGAGUGACUCACCCCCCAGAGCCCACGACGACUCCUGAGCCCAAGUGUCCAGAGGAUUGGGGCAGCAGUAAAACAAACUUGUGUUUCAAGCUGUUUGCAAAAGGAAAACAUGAGAAGAAAACAUGGUUUGAAUCUCGAGAUUUUUGUAGAGCUCUGGGUGGUGAUCUAGCUAGUAUCACUAACAAAGAUGAACAGCAAACAAUAUGGCGGUUAGUGACGGCUAGUGGAAGUUACCAUGAACUAUUUUGGUUGGGACUGACAUAUGGAAGUCCUUCAGAGGGCUUUACUUGGAGUGAUGGUUCUCCUGUUUCAUAUGAAAAUUGGGCUUAUGGAGAACCUAAUAAUUAUCAAAAUGUUGAAUACUGUGGUGAGUUGAAAGGUGACCCUGGUAUGUCCUGGAAUGAUAUUAACUGUGAACAUUUGAAUAAUUGGAUUUGCCAGAUACAAAAAGGACAAACACCAAAACCUGAACCAACGCCAGCUCCUCAAGACAAUCCACCAGUCACUGAAGAUGGGUGGGUUAUUUACAAAGACUACCAGUACUAUUUUAGCAAAGAGAAGGAAACCAUGGACAAUGCACGAGAAUUUUGCAAGAGGAACUUUGGUGAUCUUGUUUCUAUUCAAAGUGAAAGUGAAAAGAAGUUUCUAUGGAAAUAUGUAAACAGGCAUGAUGCACAGCCGGCAUAUUUUAUUGGCUUGUUGAUCAGCUUGGAUAAAAAGUUUGUUUGGAUGGAUGGAAGCAAAGUGGAUUAUGUGGCUUGGGCCACAGGUGAACCUAAUUUUGCAAACGACGAUGAAAACUGUGUAACCAUGUAUUCAAAUUCAGGGUUUUGGAAUGACAUUAAUUGUGGUUAUCCAAACACCUUCAUCUGCCAGAGGCAUAACAGCAGCGUCAACACCACAACUGUUCCUACCACGCCCCCCACCCCAGGAGGUUGCAAGGAAGGUUGGAAUUUUUACAGUAACAAGUGUUUCAAAAUACUUGGAUUUGUUGAAGAAGAAAGAAAAAAUUGGCAAGAGGCACGAAAAGCUUGCAUAGGAUUUGGGGGAAAUCUGGUAUCCAUACGCAAUGAAAAAGAACAAGCCUUUCUUACCUAUCACAUGAAGGACUCUACUUUUAAUGCCUGGACUGGGCUGAAUGAUGUGAAUUCAGAACAUACAUUCCUUUGGACGGAUGGACGAGGAGUUCAUUAUACAAACUGGGGGAAAGGUUACCCUGGCGGAAGAAGGAGCAGUCUUUCCUAUGAAGAUGUUGACUGUGUUGUUGUUAUUGGAGGGAAAUCAAAGGAUGCGGGAAAAUGGAUGGAUGACACCUGCGACAGUAAGCGGGGCUACAUAUGCCAGACACUUCCUGACUCUUCCUUGCCUAAUUCUCCAGCAACAGUUCCAACAGAUGGCUUUAUUAAAUAUGGUGAAAGUAGCUAUUCACUCAUGAAAUUAAAAUUACAAUGGUAUGAAGCAGAGGAUUAUUGCAAGCUUCACUCUUCCCUUAUUGCUAGCAUUCUAGAUCCCUAUAGUAAUGCAUUUGCAUGGAUGCAAAUGCAAGCAGUUAAUGAACCUGUGUGGAUCGCUCUGAACAGUAAUUUGACCAAUAAUGAAUAUGUUUGGACUGAUAAAUGGAGGGUGAGGUACACUAAUUGGGCGGCUGAUGAGCCCAAAGUGAAAUCAGCGUGCGUUUAUCUGGACCUUGAUGGCUACUGGAAGACAGCACAAUGCAAUGAAAGUUUCUAUUUUCUCUGUAAAAGAUCAAAUGAAAUCCCAGCCACUGAACCUCCACAACUGCCUGGCAAAUGCCCAGAGACAGAACACACAGCCUGGAUUCCUUUCCAUGGCCACUGUUACUAUAUUGAGUCUUCAUAUACACGAAACUGGGGCCAAGCUUCUCUGGAAUGUCUCCGAAUGGAUUCCUCUUUGGUUUCCAUUGAAAGUGCUGCUGAAUCAAGUUUUCUAUCAUAUCGAGUUGAGCCACUUCAAAGCAAAGCCAAUUUUUGGAUAGGAUUGUACAGAAAUGUUGAAGGGAAGUGGCUAUGGAUAAACAACAAUCCACUCUCCUUUGUCAACUGGAACACAGGGGAUCCCUCUGGUGAACGAAAUGAUUGUGUAGUUUUAUAUGCAUCUUCUGGAUUUUGGAAUAAUAUUCACUGCUCUUCCUACAAAGGAUAUAUUUGUAAAAGACCAAAAAUUGUUGAUGUUGAACCUACACAGACAUUAAUUACAACAAAAGCCAACUCAAGGAAGAUGGACCCUCACAAAGCAUCUUCCAGCGUGGCAGGAAUAGUGGUCAUUGUGAUCCUCCUGAUUGUGACUGGCGCUGGCCUUGCUGCAUAUUUCUUUUAUAAGAAAAGACGUGUGCACUUAUUUGGAGAGAGCACUUUUGAAAACACUCUCUAUUUUAAUAGUCGAUCAAUUCCAGGAACUAGUGAUACCAAAGAUCUCAUGGACAACAUUGAACAGAAUGAACAUGCGGUCAUCUAGGAUUAUAAUGUGAUUUAGAUAUAUUUGAAUUUUAUAAAAUUAAAACUAAAAUGUUAAGGCCUUUAAUUCAAUGCAAUUGUUUCCUUUAGAAUUAGUACUGUAUUGCACUGGCCUGUCCUUUUUCUUUGCCUAAUUGAAGACAUAAUUGCUCAUUUUCAAGCCUGGAGAGAUAUUUUCAGAAAAGAGGGAUAACAGUAUGGAUUACCACUUUAAAAAAUAUCUUAGGUGAAUACACAGCACAAUAAUACCAAUAUUUAAGCAUCACUGGUGGUAACUAGUGUAAAUUGCACGCAGAUCAUAAGACCUCUAGACACCUAAACUUCCUGAAAUGGUUUACAAAGAUUUCAAAGAAAGGUUAUUUAUUAAAUUGCAAUUCAAUAAUUAGAAGAUCAUUAAAAAAAAACAAGUGCAAAUAAUAUCAGUGGAAUAAAAAUUUAGUCACUUUUCUUUUUUUACCAAUCUUGAUUUUCACUCCAAUUAUUUAGAAUUAUAUUUGUACAUGUGCAGAAAGGAUGAGGCAGCUGAGAGUCUUAUUUCCCCCCAAGAGGGGUUUUCCUGGCUGAAUAUUACAAAUACGUCCUUUGUCCUGUUAUAUGUAUAUCAGGAGUGCAAAGAUGUGAAAUAAAAAUGUAAAUUUGCGUAACUGGAUGUACUUGGAUAAUGUGAAAUAAACAUCAAAAACAAGGACUA